CAAAGUCAAAGUUAGAUGAGUAGUCCAUUUCUUCAUGUUUGAUUUUUCUUCAUAAUAUAUGGUAGCACGCAGUUAAAUGGCGGUGGGCAAAAUAUUAUAUUUCCACAGAGAUAAAAUCUGGUUCGAAAAUGGCGCCUUUCUUCUUCUUCUUCACUACAUUCCUAUGUUCUCUUCUUCUUCUUCCCGCCAUCUUUCGGAAAUUCUGUGUUGGAAUUGAUACGCUUUUUCCAGAUCAAACUAUUGUAGUUGGGCAAACUUUGAUUUCCCAAACCCUAAAUUUCGAGCUCGGAUUUUUCUCCCCUGGAAAAUCCAGAAAUUAUUUCUUAGGGAUUUGGUAUAAAAGCACACCGGAGAUCGUAGUCUGGGUUGCGAAUCGGAACACCCCUAUAACAGAACCACAAGGAGUAGUCUUAACCAUAGUUGGUAAUCAAACCCUAGUUAUACGCAGGGGCGAAAUCGUAAUUUGGUCGUCGGAGGAUUCUUCAUCGGUGGCAUCAAUUCCGGUGUUACAGCUCUUAGACACUGGAAAUUUGGUUAUUAUCGACAAGGCAAGUGGAAUUUGGAUAUGGCAGAGCUUCGAUUACCCAACUGACACGUGGCUGCCAGGUAUGAAGAUGGUGAGUGACGUGGAAGCUGGUUUGGACAAGUACUUGACAUCAUGGAGAAAUUGGGAUGAUCCUUCGCCUGGAGAUUUUGUUUUCAGGAUUGAAAACGAGGGAUUGUCUGAGAUAGUGCUUUACAGAGGUACGAGGAAAGCGUUUCGAACGGGGAAGUGGAACGGGCUUUACUUGGACGGCGUUAUACCCUUUCCGAACCAGGUGUUCAAGCCUGAGUUGGGUUUCAAAGACGAGAGGUUGAUAUCGAUACGAGUGCCCUACGAACGCUCAAUUAACUUAAGAUUAACACUGGAGGCAUCUGGUUUGCUCAAGCGCUAUACGUUGAAUGCUGGAAAGGAUAAGUGGAAUUCAAUGCAUAUGAUUCCACGAGAUCUGUGCGAUGAAUAUGGCACGUGCGGUCCUAAUGCUAUCUGCAAGAUUGAGAAACCGAAGAUAUGCGAGUGUUUUAAAGGGUUUUCCCCGAAAUCGGAAAAAGAUUGGGAUCACGAAGAUUGGUCCGGUGGGUGCAUUAGGAGUACGCCGUUGAAUUGCACGGGUAAUGGAGAUGGCUUUCUUGAGGUUAAAAGGGCGAAAUAUGCGGAUAUGUUGGAUUAUUGGUUGAAUAGCAGCAUGAGCCUCGGUGAAUGUCGAGCUCGGUGCUUAAGAAACUGUAAUUGCACUGCGUAUGCUAAUCCGAUCAUAACUAACGAAACCCAUGGAUGCUUGAUGUGGUUUGGGGAGCUCGUUGAUAUCAGAGAAAAUCCUGCUGCGGAUAUUAGGCAAAUAAUCCACAUUCGUUUACCAGCUUCAGAAAUAGAUGCUAGCACCAAUUUGAAGGAGAAGGAGAAAAAAGGCACCGCAAAGCUAAUACUGAUAUCAAUUGCUGCUGGAGCUCUUGUUUCGGGGUUUAUCAAUGGAGCUAUACUUUUGAUGACAAGACGAAAGAGACGAGCUGCCAAAAAGAACGAUGGUAAUGAUUUGGAAUUGCCUAUAUUCAAGUUGGCAACUAUUUUGGCUGCAACAAACAACUUCGCCAAAGAAAACGUAAUCGGAAAAGGAGGGUUUGGUCCUGUCUACAAGGGCAAUUUGUCGGCAUCAGAAGAAGUAGCCGUUAAAAGAUUGUCAAGAUCUUCAAGUCAGGGUAUUGAAGAGUUAAAAAACGAAGUAUUUUUGAUUGCCAAGCUUCAACAUAGAAAUCUCGUCAGGCUUUUGGGAUGUUGCAUUGAAGGAGAGGAGAGAAUACUAAUCUACGAAUACCUGCAGAAUAAAAGUCUCGACUAUUUUAUUUUCGAUGAGAAUCAAAGGAUGCUUUUGUCAUGGCCUAAGCGCUUCGACAUUAUCAUGGGGAUCGCAAGGGGACUCAUGUAUCUGCAUCACGACUCCAGAUUAAAGAUCAUCCAUCGAGAUCUGAAAACGAGCAAUAUCCUACUAGAUGCAAAUCUAAAUCCAAAAAUUGCAGACUUCGGCUUAGCAAGAGCUUUUGGAGAAGACCAAUCUAUUGCUAGAACAAAACGAGUUGUCGGUACAUAUGGCUAUAUGGCUCCAGAAUACGCAAUUGAUGGGAAAUUCUCGGUGAAGUCUGAUGUAUUCAGCUUGGGAGUUGUAUUGUUAGAGAUAGUAAGUGGGAAAAAGAACAGAGGUUUCAACAACCAUGACAACUGUCAUACCCUUUUGGGACACGCGUGGUUGUUGUGGAAAGAAGACAAGUUUCUGGAGUUGAUGGAUGAAAGUUUAAACGAAACAUUCGUCGAAUCUGAACUGAAAAGAUGCGUACAAGUCGGGCUAUUAUGCGUUCAGAAAUUUGCAGAAGAUAGGCCGGUUGUGUCGUCUGUGCUUUUCAUGUUGGGAACCGAUGGAGCUGUUCUGCCUGAACCGAAAGAGCCUGCGUUUUUUUACGAGAGGAGUUUAAACCCUAUUACAAGUGUUUCAUCGCCAAGUAUGAAAUCGGAUAAUAACACGAUGACUAUUACCGAUUUGGAGGCGAGAUAAGGAAGUUUCAGACAUGGUACAAAAUUUCUCACUUUGUAUACACUCUUAACUCAGUAUAUCUAUGUCUAACUAAUGUACAUUUAUAUAUAAUUUUUUUACUAAUGAUCGUACCGUAUAUGUAUUGACCGUUCUUUCGGAAUGUGUUUAUUGGCUCGGGUAUUUUCCCGUUGAUUGAAAGAGCUCGAAUUGGUUUUCUCGAAUGAGCUCGAAUUAGAGCUCGAGUUUAUUUAUAUAAUCUGGAUUUAUAGCUC